GGCAGAAGUCACUCAGCAUGAAGACAUCCAAUAUGGUAAGAGCCUACAGACAUCCUCCAUGUAGAUACAUGUAGAUACUUGAACAGACAUCCGUACGUGGCAAAGAAGCUGCUGAUGCUCUCACAGCAUGGUUUGCGGGAAAUAAGGUGCAACCACUGGUUUCGGCUCGAUUGCAAGAUUGAGGUUUUAAUUGGCAUUCCUGAAGGAAUUGAUGCAAAGAUCGCCCACGGAUUGCGAAGAUCACUGGGUGAAGUCGCCAGAAAUGAUGUAGACAGUGGCUCAAGACCAUUUGUCAUUAGGUUUUAGUUGGAAUGGGCUCCCAAGCACAACCUUUGUUGCCAAAGGGCUUCAACCCCUUCGACCGCCUGGCACGAAAUCCGAAGGUCGCCAAAUACAUCCAGUCAGUGUCGGAUGUUGGAGAAAAUCCAAAAUUGCAAGAGACCUUGGAGAGUCUCAAGCCAUGUGUGCUUGCAACCUUGAGUGGCUUGCGCUACGUUGUCCAGCUCUACUUCAGCUUAUAUUCAGCUGCCUAUGCUUUUGUUGAGAAGCUGCCACAAGAUGAAUUGAAAUUUGUGAUUGGAUUUAUACUGUGUUUCUUCGGCGGCGUGUUUGUUGCGCUCAUUGCGGCGGUCGAAGCUUUCCGCACCAUGGGUGGCCAGAGCUUGUAUGAUGAUAUGGCAUAUGUGCAGCUGGAGUUAGACAAUGUUUUGAAAGCCCACGAUGCUGAUGAACAAGUGGAUGCAAACCGAGAUGGCAUCCGAGAUGUGGAGGCCAUGGGCAGCCAAGAGCUCGUCCAGCACAAAACCAUAUUGGUGAUGCAAAGCAUUGCAGAUCCCAAACGUCUGCAGGGUGCUGUAGGCAACCUUUGGUCUGCAUACUUAGCAGUUAUCGCCACGUUAAGCCUCAAAUUUGCACAAACCACAGCCUAUGCCCUGGCGAUCUCUGAGAUGGUGAAAUUUCCGGUGACACGGGUUGUUGCGCCUCCUCUAGCGUAUGCGCUGGGUUCGAACUUGGUGAAUUGGGUAGAUGUCAUCAUCGACAGCACUUUAAAGGCGAUCGUGAUUUUGCUGGUCUGGUUCUUUGCGAGGAUCAGGGCUGCCUUCUACUCCGGGCUGCGGGGUGGACAGAUGCUGGGUGCUGCAACCGUCCGGAUUUGCCAGAAGCAUGGUUGGACGGAUUCUCUUCCAUGGGUCAAAAAGCCCUUCAACCCGGACGAGUCCUACCUGGAUGAGGUGAUCGGAUAUCCCUUGGCCCUUGUUGGCUUCUACUUCCAGAUGACGCACUACUUCGGUGUCUUGCCCUUCCCGUUGGAUUGGCUUCUGUGGCCCCUGAGCUUUGUCGAGGGGCUUCUGGAGAUCCAGAUCAGCUGGUGAGAUGAGGAAGCCAGCCAUCUGAGCUUACAAACUGCUUUUGCCGGCUAAGACCCUAGCCUUAGCCCACAACUCAGCCAACGUUUGGCAGAUUUGCGCCAGCCCUCGUGAUUUUUGGCCACUUCUCAUCAAGAUUCGGCUGUAGCAACUUGUUGGGUGUCGAGCUGAC